UGGCGUUUUACUAGGGAUGGUAGACUGUAAACAAAUAUUCAAGAAAAACUUAAAGUGUUGUGUUCCUUAUUCUAACAAAUAAAUAAACCUGUAAAUCUGUAUAAAUAAAAACGAUCUUCCAUUAUGAAAUAAAAAGAUCGGAGAUCGGGUGUACCAAAGAUCGAUUAGAUAGUUUGAUAAAAAAUCGAAAAGAUAGUUUGAUAAAAAUCGAUUAUAAUCGAUUCUUUGGGUAAAAAGAUCGAUCUUCGAUUAAAAUCGAUUCGAAUCACAUCCCUAACAUAACCUAACUUAUCAAAAAAGUAAAAACCGCUAAAAACUAAAAACGUGCUCCAUUUCAUCCAAAUUCUGAUCCAAACCUGAGAUAACAUAAAGGUAAGUGAUGCAAAUUUAUUUUAAAGACAGAAUCGGUAAAAUAGUUCUUGUUAUGUUUGUGUUUUCAGCAUAGAAUAACUAAGUUUUCAGUAUCUAUUUUAAGGUGACUGAAUUUAGUGUAUUUUAAAACCACAUAAAACCAUGAGACCUCGAAAAAAAAUUGGUUAUUCUAAAAAAUAUUUUAAAAUUCAAGCAAAAAGAAGGAUCCAAAAGCUUAUUAAGUCAAUGUUACGCAAAGAUGACUUCAAUAUUGUACAUCAAGUUGAUUCAAACCAAAGUGAUUCUUUAUUAUCAGCCUCUGUACAUCAUCAAAGUAGUAGUAGUAUCUCUGGUAGUAUAAUUGAAGAUUUUUGUUCUAAUAAGUGUAGUUCCAGUGCUGACAUUUCCUACAACUCUCGUAAUGACAUAUUUUCAAACCAAUCUUUAAAAAGAAAACUAGCAUCUUGGGCAGUAACUGAAAAUAUAUCUCACCAAAGUUUGCGGAAACUUCUACACAUUUUAAAUACCACCUCUUUAAAUGAAUUAGGGUCACUUCCAAAAGAUCCAAGAUCCUUAUUACAAACACCUAGAAAAACUUCUAUUGUACCUUGUGGGCCAGGUUCAUACUUUUAUUUCGGAAUCCAAGAUUGUAUUCAGAAUUUAUGUAGUAAGCUUUCGAUUAAGUUAUCUGACACUAAUUUUUUUAAUGUUUCUGUAAACAUUGAAGGUGUCCCAAUAUUUAAAAAUAAAAAUCAAGCAUUUUGGCCAAUAUUAUGUUUAAUUAAAAGUGUGCCAUUUUUAAAAGAUUUACCCUUUUGUGUGGCACUUUACGAAGGUGCUAAGAAACCUAAUGCAAAUAAUUUACUAAAAGAUUUUGUUGAUGAAUCUGUCAGACUCGUCAAUUCCGGUAUUAUUAUAAAUUCUAAAAUAUAUAAAUUUAAAGUUAUAUCAUUGAUUUGUGAUUUACCAGCAAAGUCUUUUAUAUUAUCGAUUAAAGGUCAUAAUGGAUUUUUUAGUUGUUCAAAAUGUACCUUAGAAGGAGAUUUUGAAAACAAUGUAAUGUGUUUUGUUGAAACUGUUUUUGAAAAGAGAACUGAUGAAUCAUUCAGAUUUAGGCAUCAACCAGAACAUCAUACUGGAAUUAGUCUGAUUGAGAAUAUUCCUAAUUUUAACAUCAUUGAUAAUGUUCCCAUAGAUUAUAUGCAUUGCAUUCUUUUAGGUGUUGUAAAAAGGCUUUUGUGUCAUAAAAUAUAUGGUUGGGUAUAUGGCAAGCCCCUUUAUAAAUUUAGAGCUUCAACAAUAAAUAUUAUUGAUACAAAUUUGAAUGAGAUGAAUAAAUAUAUACCUUCUGAGUUUUCAAGGAAAACAAGAUCAAUAACAGAUUGUAAAAGGUAUAAAGCAACAGAAUUUAGGUUGCUUUUACUUUAUACUGGUUAUAUUAUUUUUAAAAAUACUUUGCAUAAACAAUAUUACAACAAUUUUGUUUGCUUCAGUGUAGCUACAUUAAUUUUAAUAUCGCCUACUUUUUCUAAAAUAGAUGAUCUCACUAAAUAUGCACAUGAGCUUUAUAAGUCUUUUAUUAUUAAUAGUAUUAAGUUAAAUGGUUCUGAUUUUGUGUCCCAUAAUGUACAUUCUUUGUUGCACUUAACAGAUUGUGUAAAAUUAUUUGGCCCUCUUGAUGAUUUCAGCUCUUUUCCUUUUGAAAACUUUAUGCCCCAGUUAACAAAAAGAGUUCGUAAAACUGCAUUGCCUAUUCAGCAAGUAAUUCGAAGAACAAUUGAAACCAAAUUACAAUAUAUACCUUCAUCUAAUAAAAUUUCUAAAAAGUUAUCAAUAGAACAUUCAUCAGGCCCUUUGUUAAAUAAUUGUGUUAAUCCACAAUUUAAAGUUGCUCGAUUUGAUAAAUUUUGUAUAAAUACUGCUAAGUUAGCUGAUAGAUCUAUUCUUCUUCAUGAUGAUACUAUAAUUGAAGUCAGGAACUUUGCUACAUAUAGAGGAAAAACUGUUAUUAUAGGUUGUUUAUUCAAAAAAGUUGAAUCAUUUUUUGAAGUUCCAUGUAACUCAUUAUUGUUUAAUAUUGCCUUUAUUGAAAGAGAAAGCUGUGAACUUUUUAUGUAUAAUUUUUGCAAUAUCAAAUCAAAAGUAAUGGUACUACCAUAUGAACAUAGACUUGUAUGUUUUCCUUUAGUGCAUAUUGACACUGUGUAAGACUCACCUCAAUCCUAGCGUCAAUCCUUUAUUAGUCUUUAUCUUUAUUAAGUUAGUAGUCAAUGAUUUUUGUGAAUAUAAUUAAUCUUCUGUAGUUAUUGUUUAUUGUAAUUUUACUGAAGUUGUCAGGAAAAUUUUCAAGAAAAUGUCUUUUGCCGUGAUAAACUUUCCUGAAGAAAAAACCGUUGAAGUGGUGCCCAUGUCUUGGUAUAUAAGUAACUGUAACGAAUGUUUUUGGCCUCCAUCUGACACAAACAAGUCAAACAUUUUAAAAUUAAUUGAAAAUUCAGCGGUCCCUCAAAGUUAUUGGGAUAGGCAUUCAGCUGUAAUAUUGGGACAAUAUAACGAUUUAAAUACAGCUCAAAAAAAAGCUAAAAAGGCCAUGGUAACAAGUGACCUUUCAUCAAACAGUGAGAGCUUGCCUAAAGGACGCGGGUACAGGAAUAAAAAAGAAAAUUUGAAGUAUAUUUCAGGCAGUUCCUCUGACGAAACUAUUUACCCACCUCUUAGUGAAAAUAUAUUUAAAGGUAUUUCAAACAAAACCUAUCAAAAAUUAUCUUCAAAAAGCCCUACAGUUGAGAAGAUAUCCUUUACUCAAGGCACUCAGAGAAAAGGCAUUUUUAAUUGCUCUACUUCAGAGAGUUCUGAUACAGACAUAAUACCAAAAAAAAACAAGAACUUACAAAAUGUGAACCCUGAAAUUAAGGCUUCAAAGAAAAGAUACAGUUAUCAUUCUCUUUCAGAUACAUCUGAUGCAGAAGAUUCUAGAAUAAAAUCAAAAAGCAAAAGCACACCUGAGUUAAUGAGAGAGAUAGAUAUAUUAGAAUCUACAAUUACAAAUAAAAGGACUGGAGAUAUUGAUUUUAAAAAGGCUGUAUUAGAAGAAUUAUCCCUUUUAAAUUUAAAGGUUGAUGCAGUUAUUGAUAAAAUUUCAUCAAUUACAAAAAUUAUAUCUUUAAACACUCCAACUGUUUCCUACAGCAGUGAUAAAAUGAUAGAAGAAUUUUACAAAAAAAAUCCGAUAAUAGAUGAUGAGGGUCUAUUUGCAAUGGAGGAUUGGCUAAAAAAAUCAGAUAAUUUCAGGAUAAUGGAAAUACGUAACGCAAAAAUUAAUUUGAAUAACAAUUUGAUAUCCAAUUCUACUAAUCCAGCAAGAAGUGCAUGGAAUAUAAUAAAUUCUCAAAGAGGCAAAAGUACCAGUAAGUCUACACUAGAAAACUGUACUAUAACUCCAGAUAUUUUCAAUCAUUAUUUUGCUAAUGUUGCUCUUGAUCUGGUACGUGAAGUCCCAGUAUCAGAUUCAAACCCAUUGGAUAACCUUGCUAAUAUAGUGCGGCCCCAGACUAGUGUUGAGUUUACAGAGGUUACUAACAAUGAGAUCAGAGACAUUAUAAAUUGUUUAAAAAACAAAAACCAGAAUCUUUUUAAUGAAUUCCAAUUAGGAUUUAGAAAGAACAGAAACACAGUCCAGACAGUCUCGGCUCUAGUCUCGGAUAUCUUAAAGACUUUCAAUUGCAAGAAAUUCGAUACAGUGUUGUUCUGUGACCUGAGUAAAGCCAUCGACAGUGUGGACCAUGGUAUCCUCCUUAAAAAGAUCAUAGCGUAUAAUUUUUUGCCAAAGACUGUGGAACUGCUGAGGUCUUACUUAGAAGAUAGAUGUCAAAAGGUAAAGGUGGGGGGUGUGGUGUCUGGGGAGACUGUUGUAAAUAUUGGGGUUCCUCAGGGCUCCAUACUCGGUCCGGUUCUCUUCCUAAUUUAUAUAAAUGAUUUACCAGCAAGUGAGGCUUCAGCAGGCUUUACUUUGUUCGCAGACGACACUACAAUUGCCUGUAAAGGUGAAACACUCGAAGAAUCUUUGGAGGGUUCCGAGAGAGCGCGGUCGAGAGCUAGCGAUUGGUUGUAA